AUGCCUCAUUUGAAUUUCUUGUAUCCGAAUGAUAAUCUCUUGAGUGGUCCAAAACCGACCUCAUUAUGCGAGAUGGAAUUUCUGGAGGUGUUGCACCUUGGAAGGAAUGAAUUAGUUGUCAAUAUACCUGCUUGUUGGAAGGAGGAGCAACCUAUGAGUCUCCUUGAUUUAUCAUCCAACAAGUUGUCUAGAGUCAUAUCGAGUUCUUUGGGAAAUCUAAACCGGCUUAAGUCAAUGCACUUGAACAACAACAGUCUCCAUGGAAAAAUUCCUGGGACUAUGAACUAUUGCAUAAACUUGGCGAUUUUGGAUCUUGGCGAGAACAAAAUCUUGGGAAGUGGUCCACAUUGGUUUGGACCAUGCUUUCAGUUUCUACAGAUUCUUAGACUACAAGAGAACAUGUUCAAUGGUAGUAUUCCUUCACAGCUAUGCUUACUCCCCGCACUGCAAAUAUUGGACUUGGCAGUGAAUAAUCUAGCGGGAAUGAUUCCAAACUGUCUUGGCUAUAUGAAAGAUAUGAAAUUGAACAAAAGCAUAGAUGAAGGCAACUCACUCUCCCCUACUUAUGAGCCUACACCUUUCAAGAAUGGGACGCUGCCUCUUGCCAUCACUCCAUCAGAUUGGAAUCAAAUGCAUGUGGAACAGGUCGUGAAGUGGAUAGACCUAGACUGCACAGCUCUUGAUCUACAGCUUAUGGUCAAUUUGGAUCUCUCAAGCAACAAAUUGAUUGGGUUGAUCCCUGAAGAGCUGACCUUGCUCUCUGUCUUACGAGGCUUGAAAUUAUCCCACAACUUUCUUUCUGGAGGCAUCCCGAUUAUGAUUGGUGACAUGAAAUCACUCGAGUCACUUGAUCUUUCGAAUAAUCAACUUUCAGGAGCAAUCCCACAGAGCUUUUCUGCAUUUACAUCAUUGAGCAAACUAAACUUGUCACACAACAACUUCACGGGGCCAAUUCCGAAAGGAAAUCAAAUCCAGACCCUUGAUGAUCCUUCCAUUUAUGCCGACAAUCCUCUCCUUUGCGGCAAUCCUCUAAAAAAGAAAUGCCCCAGUGCGGAAGCCCCUCAAGCGCUAGAAGAAGAUACUGAUGAAGAAGGUAAGCUUGAAAAGGUGAUGUUCUACGUUGUCAUAAUGCUCGGAUUUGCAGCUGGGUUUUGGGGAGCUAUUGGAGUUCUGGUGUACAAGAAGAAUUGGAGACGCGUCUACUUCGACUAUAUGGAUCGUAAAACAGACAUGUUCUACGUGAUUGUUGUAGUGAAGGCAGCCAAGUUGAGAAGGAGAGAUUGAGAAGAGCAUAACCGGCCCGUUCUCCACGUCAAUCAAUCCAAUCGUUCAUUGAUCUCCUGAAGUUCUUGCUUUCUUGUUUAAGCAGAAUCAUCUCUGUAGUUGGCUUGUUACUCCUUAUGAGCGGUAGCCAAUAUUUUGUUUUCUUCAGUUUCAAGCUUGUCCGAGCAAGUCGUCAAUAAAACAGCAUGGC